AACACCUCUAAGACCGAGUCCGACCAUUAUCCCAGCCCUGCCAAGCCCACUCUAAGCCCUCUUCCCAAGCGCCACAUCCACGCUUCUGUUAAAUCCCUGCAGGGCUGGUGGCAGGAGGGGUCUGGGGGGAUGCCGGAGCAUCUGCAGCGGGAGGGGGAUGCAGCCGCCGGACCGAGCCCCUCCUCGGAGAGGCGGCGCCUGCGCCCGGUGACAUCAGCCCCGGGGACCGGGAUGCUGAGCCCGGCUCGGGGAAGGCGGAUCUCGCUCCGCUUCCAGCUCCGCAUCCCGACAGGGCAGAGGGGGGAGCGGGACGCGGCCCCCCUCCCCCGCCCCCCCCCUGCGGCCACCCGCGUCCCCGCAGGAGCGGGGGGUCCCUGCGGGCGCUGCGGGGCGGGUGGCAGGGGAUGCUGCGGUAGCAGCCACGGAUGCUCGCCCUGCUCCUCUCCCUGCACACCCUGGGCCGGUCCCUGGCCAUGGCGAGCGCGGAGCGGCUGACGGUGCCCGAGUGUGUGAGCCGGGCGGGCGGCUGGGCGGGCGGGGGCAGCGGCCGGGAGCACCGAGGGGUCUCCCCAGGGGUGGGCACCGAGGUGCGGGAGGCGCUGGAGCGGGUUCUGCCCGCCUUGCGCCGGGCCAUCGCCCAAGCCACGCAGGCGACCACCCCCGAGGGGCUGCGGGCGGCCAUCACCGAGGUGUUCCGCCUGGUGGAGGAGGCCUGGGGGAUGCCCGCGCUGGGGAGGGACGUGGCCAAGGUGCUGUGCGAUGUGAUCCGCCUGGAGGGGGGCCUGGACCUGCUGCUCAACCUGCUGUACACCGCCGAGCUGGAGACCAAGUGCCAGGCAGGAAAACUCCUGGAGCAGAUCCUGGUGGCAGAAAACAGGGAUCGGAUUGCUCGGAUCGGCCUGGGCGUGAUUCUGAACUUAGCCAAGGAGCGAGAUGUUCCCCAGCUGGUGCAGAGCGUCUCUGGGAUCCUGGAGCACAUGUUCAAACACACUGAGGAGACCUGUUUCCAGCUCAUCUCUGACGGAGGCCUGGAUGCCAUCCUGUACUGGUGCCGCUGGACGGACCCCAUCGUGCUGCGGCACUGCGCCAUGGCCUUGGCCAACUGCGCCAUGUACGGAGGGCAGGCCAACCAGCGCCUGAUGAUCGAGAAGAGGGCAGCAGAAUGGCUUUUCCCUCUGGUGUUCUCAAAGGACGACGAACUCAUCCGGCUGCACGCGUGCCUGGCCAUCACGGUGCUGGCCACCAACAAGGAAAUCGAGAAGGAGGUGGAGCGCUCGGGGACUCUGGCUCUGGUGGAGCCGUUCAUCGCCUCGCUGGACCCAGAGCAGUUCGCCUGCGAGAUGCUGGGCAGCAGUGACAACAUCCAGGGGCGGACGGCGGAGGACCUGCAGCGGCUCGUGCCCCUGCUGGACAGCUCGCGGCUGGAAGCCCAGUGCAUCGCUGCCUUCUACCUCUGCACCGAGGCCACCAUCAAAACCAGGCAGAAGAAAACACAGAUUUUCAGUGAGAUCGGGGCUACGCAGAGCCUGAAGAGGAUAGUGUGCUAUUCCACCAGCAGCACCACCUCCUCCCUGGCCAAAAAGGUGCUGCGCAUGAUAGGGGAGGAGGUUCCUCGGCGCAUCCUGCCCACGGUUCCCAACUGGAAGUCCUGCGAGGUGCAGACGUGGCUGCAGCAGAUCGGAUUCAACAAAUACUGCCAGAGAUUUCUGGAUCACCAGGUGGAUGGGGACAUUCUGCUGAGGCUGACAGAGAAGGAGCUGCAAGAGGAUUUGGGGAUGGACUCCAGCAUCACUCGGAAAAGGUUUUUCCGGGAGCUGACAGAGCUCAAGACCUUCGCAAACUAUUCCACCUGCGACCACAGCAACCUGGCCGACUGGCUGGGCGGCAUCGACCCCAAAUUCCGGCAGUACACCUACAACCUGCUCACCUGCGGCAUCAACCGCAACUUCCUGCACCGGGUGACGGAGCAGCAGCUGCAGGAGGACUGUCACAUCGACACGGGCUUCCACCGCGUCCGCAUCCUCACCGCGGCCAGGGAAACGCUUCACUCCCCUAUAACGCUGCAAACCACGUCCAACGGGACCGAUGUGUUCAUCAGCUACCGGAGGAGCACCGGGUCACAGCUGGCCAGCCUGCUGAAGGUCCACCUGCAGCUGCACGGUUUCAGCGUGUUCAUUGACGUGGAGAAGCUGGAGGCAGGGAAAUUUGAGGACAAGCUGAUCCAGAGCGUCAUGAGCGCCCGCAAUUUUGUGCUGGUCCUCUCACCAAAUGCACUGGAUAAAUGCAUGGAAGACCCCGAGUGCAAGGACUGGGUACACAAGGAGAUUGUGACAGCCUUGAACUCUGGAAAGAACAUUGUACCUGUUACAGAUCAUUUUGAGUGGCCAGACCCAGAAACGCUUCCCAAGGACAUGAGGGCUGUCCUGAAAUUUAAUGGUAUCAAGUGGUCCCAUGAGUACCAGGAGGCCACGAUCGACAAAAUCAUUCGCUUUCUCCAGGGCCGCUCCUCCCGGGACUCCUCGGCUGGGUCAGAGAAUGGGCUGGACUGCUUGCUCUCCGUGGGGCAGAGCUAGAACCACCACAGCUGCCUCAUCCCCCCACCGAGACUUCCCAGGUGACCCCUUUUUGUGUGGGUCCCAAUUUGUCUCUCUUGACUUUUUCCCAUCUUAGUACCCUGGCUUGAGAGAAGGCCUGUGGCUCAUUACUCCCUCUUCACCCUCCAAAUACAAGCCCUUGGACCUAAAAGGUCAGUACUCACUCACACGGCGCCUGGUGAGCCAAGACUGAGUGGACUCCGGGAUGGACAAGUUGUCUUCCACAUCCUCCUGUGGGACAGCAGGACAUGCAGGGGGUGUGAGGGAGACUGGCACCAUCCAGCCCCCCACAAGUGGCUGCAGCUUCCCCCAGAAACAUGUGCAAAGAGGCAGGAUCUUCUAAGGGCUGAGAACUGGGGAACUGGUGAGCGUCCAUUGUGAAAGGACAAAUGGGAGAGAAGAACAACUGACAGGAAAUGGUCUAUAAGCACCGUAUGGCUCUGCUUGUGCCAUGGCAAUAUCCUUGUGGUCAGCAACUGAGAGCAGGAAAGGGCAAACAAAAGCUAAGCCCUAACGAAAUCGCUGUGUUUGGGAAAGAUAACACACAGAGGCCUUCUGAACUGCUUUCUCUUUUCCAGUAAUGUCCCUUUAUCACAA